UACAAUUUCUCAUUUUCAAAACCAGCUCUCCGUUCUCAAAGACAUACACACCAUUCUAUCAAUUUCAUAGCUUUCACAGAUACCACGCGGCACUGCCAAUCUCAGAACUCAGAAUACUUCUCCUUCGUUUAUCGUGAAAUGUCGAGGUUCGUCUUUUACUCCAAUUUACUAUCUUCCUUUCACUCUCACUCUCCGCUUAGGGUUUUCUCUCACUCUCUACAUCGACUCAUUCCCAAUAAUAAUAUUAAUGUCGAUGAUGCCGUUUCCUCAUUCCACCGCAUGCUAACAAUGCGUUCUACUCCUUCCAUUGUUCAAUUUGACAAGAUUUUAGGUUUCCUUGUUAAGACUAAAAAUCAUUACACCACUGCCAUCUCCCUUUUUCACCAAUUGGAACUCAACCAAGUUAAACCAAGUAUUAUUACUUUAAACACUCUCAUCAAUUGUUAUUGCCACACUCGUCAAAUGGAUUUUGCCUUUUCUAUAUUAGCAAAGAUUCUCAAAAUUGGUUAUCAGCCUGAUAUCAUAACAUUGAAUACUCUUAUCAAAGGUCUGUGUCUUAACCGUAAGGUUCAUGAAGCUCUGCACUUUCAUGACCAUGUGGUUUCACAUGGAUUUCAACUGGACCCAAUUAGUUAUGGGACGCUAAUUAACGGGUUGUGUAAAAUGGGGGAAACAAGAGCCGCCAUGAAAAUGUUGAGACAAAUUGAUGGGAAGUUGGUCAAUGUGAAUGUGGAAAUGCACAACAUGAUAAUUGAUAGUUUGUGUAAAGAUAAAUUUGUAACGGAAGCCUAUGAGUUAUAUUCUGAAAUGAUUGCAAAGAAAAUUUCUCCCAGUGUUGUUACUUUCAACGCUCUUAUUUAUGGAUUUUGCAUUAUUGGUCAAUUGAGAGAAGCCUUUGGCUUGUUCCAUGAAAUGAUAUCAAAAAACAUCAACCCAGAUGCUUAUACUUUUAAUAUAUUGGUUGAUGCUCUUUGUAAGGAAAGAAAUCUGAAAGAAGUUAAGAUACUGUUAGCCGUGAUGAUGAGAGAAGGUGUAACACCUAAUGUUGUUACAUACAAUUCACUAGUCGAUGGAUAUUUCCUAGUUAAUGAAGUGAACAAGGCCAAAAAUUUAUUCUAUACUCUGGUUCGAAGUGGAGUGGCUCUUGAUGUUCAUUCUUAUAAUAUAAUGAUCAAUGGAUUAUGCAAGAGUAAAAUGGUGGAUGAGGCCAUCAAUCUCUUCAAAGAAAUGGGUAGCAACAAUAUUAUUCCUGAUCUGAUGACCUACAAUCCCCUUAUUGAUGGCUCGUGCAAAUCCGGAAGAAUCUCCUAUGCUUGGGAGCUUGUUCUUGAGAUGCAAGACAAUGGUCAACCUGCCAAUAUAUUCACUUACAGUUCUAUAAUACAUGCUUUAUGCAAAAACCAUCAUGUUGACAAAGCUAUUGAAUUAGUCAAGAAAAUUAAAGACCAAGGCAUUCAACCUGAUAUGUGCACAUAUAAUAUACUUCUAGAUGGACUAUGCAAAGGAGGACAACUUAAGAACGCACGAGAUGUUUUUAAGGAUCUCUUGAUUAAAGGUUAUAGUCUAGAUAUCCGAACAUAUAAUAUUAUGAUCAAUGGACUUUGUAGAGAGGGCUUGUUUGAAGAAGUAGAUGCCCUAUUCUCCAAAAUGGAAUGCAAUGGUGUCAUACCUAAUGCUAUUACUUAUGAAACUAUUAUCCGUGCUCUCUUUUAUAAAAAUGAGAAUGAAAAGGCAAAGAAACUUCUCCGUGAAAUGAUUACUAGAGGUCUACUUGAAAAGUAACUAUAGGUUCCUUACAGUCUGCUUGAUCUAAAUCAUUAUGCUAGGUGGCAAAUCAAACAAACGACCAACAUAUUCAAGGAUAUUUGAACUGCAGGAUCAGUUGAAUAUUCAUCAGUAUUUAGUUUUGAUUGAUUCGUAUGUACUAAUGAUGAGGCUGUUGGAUUUGUAUUUAUGGCUUCUUUGAAUUUUGUGUUAUUUGUGCGAUGCGAGAGCUUUUGUCAAUGAAGAUUCAAGACACAAGCUUAUCAGAAAUUAUAUAAUCUUUGUUUUCUAUUAUUGAUUUGUUUCUUCCAUUGGGACUAGAGAGGAUCAUGAAAUGCAGUGGAGCAAUCUCAAAUCCUAUGGAACAUUUCGUCUUCUGAUAAAGUAUAUGAGAAGUUGGUUAUCUUUGGAUGGAAUGCAGCUUCUAAAGCAAAAGUCAUGAUUGAAGAACUUAAAGGGUGUGCCACAAGGAUGAAGAGGACGCAUGAUUUCAAAGGAAAAUGUAAGAACUCUCUGAUACAGCUUCAUAGUUAGCUUCAGUUUAUGAGUAUUUUGAGUUACAUAGUAUUCUGUUAAUAUUUAUAUUUUUCUAAUGAAAAAUGAGUUGGUUGGAUCCUUUACUCCCACUUUAAGCACAAAUCAUGAUGUUGAUGAUGCUUUGACAUGAAAUAUUGUUACACACUGAAUGUAGAAGUCCUAAACUAGUAGGGUAUUUGGAGUUAUUCGCCUUGUUUCGAACUCGGUAGGGGUGAUGAUCUCGUGUUUCGAAUCUAUGUGCAAUGUUCAUUAAAUCUCUUUUUUGGGGUUCUAAAAUGAUAAGGAACCAAUCUUAAGUGUUAUUCUUCAAAGAACUUGAAUUGCCAUCAUGAUUUCAAUAUAUGAAAAAUGAAAUUUAAGAUUUUUCUAAUUAAUCAAAGAUUAACAACAUACAGAAAAUUAUGAAGUAAAGCCAUUGUAAUUAAUUGUUAUUAACUGACCUCUAUAAUUAAGUCUGCAAAGUUGCUUUAACUUGUGUCACUGUUUGUGUGAAUUGGAUUUGUUAAUAUCACUUUUUCUAAAGUUUUAUGCUUUAAAUUUGGCUUUGAUUACAAAGCUCUUUUUAGUGUCACAGUGCCUAACAAACUUCUUAUCUCAAUCAUAUAGGAUUCCUAACAAAUAUGGCUUUAAGAUGUAUAUCAUUUUCAUUAUUUUAUAUACUUUGAGUUUAUAUGAAUGCCUUUGUAAUUUAUCCUUUAAAAAUUUAAAAAUACUCUUCUGAUUUUAGAAUCCGCAACGAAUUUAUUAAGGGUUCAAAUUUUAGAAUCUAGAACCUAAAGAACAUAAGAAUAUGAAGAAAAAAAAUUAUAGAACAUAAACAAUUCACUAAAUAAAAUCAAAUACAAUACAUAAAAAAUGCCAACAUAAACUAAAAACAUCAAUUACAUGUAAACUAACUAGAUAUUUAUUCCCUAGAUUCCUCCAUACACGUCAUGAUUUUAUCAGUUGUUAUGAGAUGAAUCAAAGUUGAAUAGACGAACAAAUCAGACAAAUCAAACUUGAAUAGACAAUAUGAACAUAUCUGACUAGGGGUAACAUCAAAUUGUACCAUGCUGAUAAAAUAUCAAGAACAUGGUUCUCACUUUUCACCUUUGUUUUGAAGUUGCAUGUAUGUGAAUUGAACAUAUCUAUCAUCGUCGAUUGAUGAACGUUGAUACUAAACAUUGACCGCAAUUCUUGUGUCGUAGUGGUCGACUCGAUCAAUUUGAUCAAUUUAAGAUUCUUGUUGCAACAUGUUUCUAUGAUUAUCACUUUGUAUAACUUCUUCCCGCCUUUAAGAGUAUAUUCAUUGAUGUUUGAUUCCUGUUAUCACAUUUGUUCUAAGUUCAGUCUAAAGCCAAGUCUCAACAGAAAGCUGAGGCCAAGGCUCAUCACUGAAAGUAGUGAGUUGGAUGGAGCAGAAUACCCAAAUAAUUCAUGACGUGGAACUGUACCAUGUUUUCUCCCAAUUUUUUCCUUCUGAUUUAAGCUUUAGUUAAUCAUAAGCAUUGAGUUUAGUGCAUUGUGAUAAUGUUCAAAUUAAGAUGAUUUUACCUUGUUUUAAUAACUACCUUGUCUCA